ACUACGAUGGCGGGUCGGCGCGGAGCGCUGAUCGUUCUGGAAGGUGUAGACCGUGCCGGCAAAAGCACUCAGAGUCGCAAGCUGGUGGCCGCGCUGUGCGCUGCCGGCCACAGGGCGGAGCUGCUCCGUUUCCCGGAAAGAUCAACAGAAAUUGGCAAGCUUCUGAGCUCCUACUUGGAGAAGAAAAGCGAGGUGGAGGACCACUCGGUGCACCUGCUCUUCUCUGCGAACCGCUGGGAGCGAGUGCCUUUAAUCAGAGACAAGUUGGACCAGGGCAUCACCCUCGUCGUGGACCGGUACGCCUUCUCUGGGGUCGCCUUUACAGCAGCCAAAGAGAGCUUCUCCCUGGAUUGGUGCAAGCAGCCAGACGUGGGCCUCCCCAGGCCGGACCUGGUGCUGUUUCUGCAGCUGCAGCUGGCUGAGGCCACACGGCGUGGUGGCUUUGGCCAGGAGCGAUACGAGGACAGGGCCUUCCAGGAGCGAGCACUGGGCUGCUUCCAGCAGCUCAUGCAGGACCCAAGCCUGGUCUGGAAGACUGUCGACGCCUCCCGGAGCAUCGAGGAUGUGCACGAGGAGAUCCGCGCCCUGACCGAGGAGGCCAUCCAUGCCGCUGCGCACCAGCCGCUGGGGGGGCUCUGGGUGUAGGUGCCUGGGCCAUGGGGCGGAGGGACGUGGGGGAAGGGCGCCUGUGCACUGGCUCCCAGGCCCCCAUUCCUCAUGAUGGUAAGAAGUGUUAGAAGCAGUCUGAGGCCAGGUCCCUGGUCACUGUCACACCCAACACUCUUGUUUUCCUAAGGCCCCACAGCUUGAGUGCCAGGGCCUUGCCCCUGCUGCUCUGUUGUGAACUGUCUGGAGCAAACCCUCCCGCAUGGGUCCGGAAGACUGCGCCACCUUGGUGGGGGUGGAGAGGUCCAGACCAACCAGACAGAUCUUGGCAAGCACCUUGAGCAGCACCUGGGCACUAGGGGUGAGUGGGUGGCCCCAGCCACACCCUGCGAGGGUGCCACUUGGGUCAGCAUCGCCCAUCUUGGGACCAGGUGACUGCCUGGGUUGUGACCCUGGAAGCUGCCCCACAGUCUCUGCUGGGACUCACCGGGUGCCCACAUGGGCCUGGGCAUUGCUGUAGGAUGAUGUGCAACUGCACCUGUGCCCGUGCCCGUAAUAAAGUCUAAUCUGGUGUG